GUUGUCAUAGUGGACCACUUCCUAACAAGAUUGCGCCCAGAUUUCUGUUCGGAUUUCUCGAGUUUAUGGGCUUAGAUUGGGCCUGGAAAUGUGCUCAUCCCUGACUGGAUGUAAAACCACCUCCUCGGUGUUCCUUCCAGGAGAAGCCAUGGCGGAAGCGCCACCGCUUCCGACGACCCCGUCCGACUCCUCCUUGGCCGCUGCUGUGCCGCGCUCCCUCCCUCCGACGCUGAUCCUCCCUCCUACUUCGUCUAGUGGGAGCCAAGCAGUGCGCGGCGGCGUCAGCGGCAGGUCGGCGGCGGGGAGCAAAACUGGCAAGGCGAGGACGGGUUUGGCGCCACUCGCCGUGGCGGAGGGAGGGAGACACGACCGCCUGGUGCAGGCUGUCCGCGUGGUUGGGAGGAGCGUGGACGCGGGGGUGGCGGGCGCCGACAUCCUGGAGCUAGCGAUGGCCAAGGGCCCCAUGUUCUCGUGGCUGAGCUACUGGCCGGAGGAGGGGUACCCCAAGGAGGACCAGCCCUACUGACUCCUGUCUCCGUUGUUCGGUAGUACAGGUUCCUGGAAUUUUAAUCUGCAUUCCCAAGGAGGACCAGCCCUACUGACUCCCGUCUCCAUUGUUCGGUAGUACAGGUUCCUGGAAUUUUAAUCUGCAUUGCUGAUAGAAUUUUCUUUUCCUAGUUGGUCCUGUCCAGGGAGACUGAUUGAUGGUCCUGCGUCACUGAUUAAUUAUCAUAGUAACUAGUUUGUGCAGGUAGGUAGUAGAAAUGUGCUUAACGACAUUUGUGAAAUUGCUAAAUGAACUGUGAUUAUGCUGUGCUAAUUAUUCUAGUUAAUUUUGGGGCUGAACUGUUAGAUUCCUUGGUGUAACUAUAAGUUAGUGGUCUACUAGUAGAUACUUCUGCUUACAGUUUCUCAAUUGCAUUAGCUUCAUUUUUUCCUCUAAUUUUCUUUAUUCUGCAUAUUUUGCCUGCGGGUAAUGCUAGGUGCUAGCUUAGGAAAUUCGUUGAGACAUUUGUAAACUUGACCACUCCAAUAUACGAAAUCAAAACUGUAUAUUAAAGUGACAGAAGUUGUGAAAACAUUGUUGUAACUCUUGGAAACCCAAGUACAGCCACACAACGAUCACUCA